UCCGCCGGCUCACGUGACCGUCUUUGGGCCAGCGCGAACCAUGGCCGGCAUGGUGGACUUCCAGGAUGAGGAGCAGGUCAAGUCCUUUUUGGAGAACAUGGAGGUGGAGUGCAACUACCACUGCUACCACGAGAAGGACCCGGACGGUUGCUAUCGGCUGGUGGACUAUUUGGAAGGGAUCCGGAAGAAUUUUGAUGAGGCUGCCAAGGUGUUGAAGUUUAACUGUGAAGAGAACCAGCACAGUGAUAGCUGCUACAAACUGGGGGCCUACUAUGUGACUGGAAAAGGUGGUCUCACCCAGGACCUGAAAGCUGCCGCCAGGUGCUUUUUGAUGGCGUGUGAGAAGCCUGGAAAGAAGUCAAUAGCAGCAUGUCACAACGUUGGCCUCCUGGCACAUGAUGGACAGGUUAAUGAGGAUGGCCAGCCUGACCUGGGAAAGGCCAGGGACUACUACACAAGGGCCUGUGAUGGUGGCUAUACUUCCAGUUGCUUCAACCUCAGUGCCAUGUUCCUGCAGGGUGCCCCAGGCUUUCCCAAGGACAUGGACCUGGCAUGUAAAUACUCCAUGAAAGCCUGUGACCUGGGUCAUAUCUGGGCCUGUGCCAAUGCCAGUCGCAUGUACAAGCUGGGGGAUGGUGUUGAUAAGGAUGAGGCCAAGGCCGAGGUGCUAAAAAAUCGAGCCCAGCAGCUACACAAAGAACAGCAGAAAGGUGUCCAACCCUUAACAUUUGGGUAAUGUGGUCCACCCUCCCUCCCAGGCAACAAACUGCUUGAGGCUGGCAGCUCCUGUUUCUGAAGACUGAUGCAGCCCUUGAAGGUCAACCUGCUGGAGCAAAAAAACUUGGGACUUGAAUUUGUAGCUCCAUUUACAUGGAUCCAUUGCCCCAGCUACUGGAAUAUAGCCUACAAUGUUUAUUUCAGUCAAUAUUCCUUUAUCUGGGUGUUCUGUACAAUGUUUAUUACAGUCAAUAUUCCUUCAUCUGGAUGUUCUGUGAAGAUAGCCAUGUUUAUGGGGGUCUUAGUUUUCAAACUCUGGCAACUCUGUGAAAAAUAGGAGCAAACUAGAGAGCCCUGGAGAUUGGUGGUAGGGAAGGGAGGAUAGCAGGAAGUUUGAAAAAUUAGCAGCCCCGGGGCCUAAAGGAAUCAGCUAUCAUCAUUUUCAUCAUUAUUAUUUUGGUUAGGAUGGCUUGAAAAUCAGAACGUAUCUUGGUUUACGUAAUUGAGGUCUUAACUAAGAACAGUUAAAUAGUCACAACUACCACCCUCUGACUUACAUAAUCAUUGGUGUGGGCUUCGUUUUGCCUUUAGAGUCACAUCUUUGAGUAAAUUCACAGAGAUCAAGAGGGACGUGCAACAUACAGCUUAAAGGCUGUUAUGCUUCAGGGUUGCUGAAGAAGAUGAAACAUCAGCCUGCCAUCGUCUAGAAGAGACAUUGGCAGUUAAAAAUUAGCACCUCCAGUGUAGUCGCCUGGCACUGCCCAUCAUGCUGAGGGAGCAGAUUCUUCCCAAGGCAGCUUCAGCUAGGAGUUUGUAAGCAAGGAUUUUGUGACACAUUUGUCCCCUGGAACUGAGCCUUUUUAACUGUCCCUGUGAAUGAACAAUUUUGAGUGACCUACGGUUUGUGUUAAUUAGUGUUCUUUCCAGAUUCCAGGUACCGUAGAGAGUAUGUUCUUUGUGGUGGUUGUGCCUUUUAAGAACAUUUGUGGCCGGGCACGGUGGCUCACGCCUGUAACCCCAGCACUUUGGGUGGCCAAGGGGGGCGGAUCACGAGAUCAGGAGAUCAAGACCAUCCUGGCUAACACGGGGAAACCCCGUCUCUACUAAAAAAUACAAAAAAUUAGCCGGGUGUGGUGGCAGGCGCCUGUAGUCCCAGCUACUGGGGAGGCUGAGGCAGGAGAAUUGCUUGAACCCGGGAGGCGGAGCUUGCAGUGAGCUGAGAUCGCGCCACUGCACUCCAGCCUGGGCGACAGAGUGAGACUCCGUCUCAAAAAAAAAAAAAAAAAAAAAAAAAAUUUGCUUUUUCUGUUAUCUCCCCAGCUUGUCACCAGGGGGCGAGCUUGCCAUUUCCCUGCUGGUAACAAUACCAUUCUGUGUCACCAUCUACUGUUUUAGGCUUCCGU